AUGUCUUUCAAGAUCGCCGCCGCAGCCGCUUUGGCUACCCUCGCUUCUACCGUCUCUGCCCACGGUCACCUGCAGAGCAUUGGUGCUUCCGGCACUGUGUACGCUGGAUUCAACAACUCCAUCCUCUACUCGAACACUAAGCCUGACCUCAUUGCCUGGUCUGACACCGUCAAGGACAACGGCUAUGUCUCCGACUACACCAGCCCUGACAUGAUCUGCCACGCUGGUGCCGGAAACGCUGCGCUCGCUGCUCCCGUCAACGGUGGUGACACCGUCACCUUCAACUGGGACACCUGGCCGACCUCUCACCACGGUCCCGUCAUCACUUACCUUGCUAAGUGCGACGGCGACUGUGCUGAUGCCGACAAGGCCUCCCUCAAGUGGUUCAAGAUUGAUGCCGUCGGUAUCGUUUCCGGAGACAGUAACACCGGUACCUGGGCUUCCGACAAGCUGAUUGCCAACCAGUUCAAGUGGGACGUCAAGAUUCCUGACAGCAUUGCCUCCGGCAACUACGUUGCCCGUCACGAGAUCAUUGCCCUCCACAGCGCCAACAACGUCGGUGGUGCUCAGAACUACCCCCAGUGCAUCAACCUCGAGGUUAAGAGCUCUGGAUCCGAUGUCCCCGAGGGUGUUGUCGGUACCGAGCUGUACACUGCCCAGGACAAGGGCAUCUUUGUCAACAUCUACUACCCUGGCUUCCAGGCUGAUGAGUACGACAUGCCCGGCCCUGCUCUC